CCAGGUAGCAAAGAGAUGCGGCUGCACCAUCGGUCAGUGACAUGUCGACCAUGAUCUCAUGGUGUUUCACAGUGUUUUCGCUUUUGCCCUUGGCUCCAAAACGCGAGUGGUUUACGUUAAGACACUUGAUCACCAUAGGUGGUUGUCAUUACCUUGUGCUUGUGUUUUUUGGGUUUCUUGUCAAACCGAGUUACCAGUGGCCCUCGUUUAAAAUCUGGUCCAACCCCAACCCCCAGCCUCACAAUUUGCUUGAGUCCAACGAAGCUGGCAUCCGAUUUCCAAGGGUUCUCAACUUUUUUCCCGUACCGGUGGAAGAAGAGUGCUUUUCCGAGGAUAAGCGACGUGGAGGAAUAUGCAUGAACACGUACGAGUGUCGGAUCCAGCAUGGCAAGUCCCAUGGACCGUGUGCACUUGGUUUCGGUGUUUGCUGCAUAUUCACGACGAGCUGUGGUGGAGAAGUGCAGAAUAAUAUAACAUACGUAAUCAGUCCAGGAUUCCCGAACCUCAUCGAUCAGCCUAUGAAUUGUACAGUGACCAUCAAGAAGAUCGAACAGCAAAUCAGCCAGCUGAGGAUCGACUUCCUGCACUUUAACAUAGGACAACCUAAUCGAAGAACUGGCGUUUGCGAUGAAGACGUCAUGGAUGUCAGAACAGGCAAUAAAACUAUUCAGCUAUGCGGAUGGAACAGUGGUCAACACAUUUAUACCGACAUGACUGAAGGCUCAAUGUCCAUCGACUUCCGUUUGCCAAGAGGACUGCAGUCCCGGAUGUGGGAGAUGCGAAUUGUUCAACUUCCGUUCGCUCAACGUGCUCCGGCUGGAUGUCUCCAGUAUUUCCAAGCUCCAAAUGGAACACUGAAGACUCUCAAUUACUUACCCAACGGGAGAUUUCUGGCUUCUCAAGAUUACCUCAUUUGUGUGAAACAGAAGUCCGGAAUGUGCAGCAUAUCCUACGCGCCAUGCACUUCCGAUUCGUUUCGAAUUGGCCCCUCGAGAUUCGAGCGCAAUGGAACUUCCGGAAACAUGGAUGUCGAGGGUUCCGGUAGUGGACCCGAACCGACAUUUCAACGCUGCAGAGACAGGGUUCUUAUACCUUGUGACUUCGAGGAAUUUAUCACGCCUGGAAAUGGCGGGACUGGUAUUUGCGACCUUGAACAUUGUGGAAAUUCUCUCUGCGCUCCUGGUGAACUCGACGCGGAAGGGAACUGUCGUGUAGAAACUUCUGCGUCUCCGUUUCACAUUAGGGUCGCCUUUGGUCCUGGCGCGGACACCGGAACUUCGCUAGAAGAUAACGUGGGCAUGUGCCUGAAUUAUGAGCAGUUGCCAUGUGUUCCUUGAACUUGAUUGCGGUUCUCCUGAAUCCUUAACCCUCUUCCAACUGCUAAGAAAAAAUCUCUAGCUUGAGAAGUUUCACUCCUUGGAAAGCUUUCCUCUGCCAUUAGAAACACUUUUUUUGGCACGAGUGCCACCUUCUGGCUAAUCUCAUAAGAAAGUUAUCAGAGCAGCUUUUGCGAAAGCAACAUAUAUUUUUCUCAUGAAAUACUCAAGUUUAAGAACUUUUCAGGAAAUGUAAAGAUCUCCAAUUAUGUGCCCUUCAGUAAAUCCUGCAGUUUUUCUUUCACAGCUGGAACAAUACUAAUAAUUUUUUUUGGUUUGUAAAAAUAUAAUAUGUAAAUAUUUAUAACAUGUAACUAUCUCUCAUAAUUUAUUGUAAUCAAUAAAACAUAUUUAUUGAAUUGUCUGCAUACAGCCUGUGCUGAAAUUUAUUAUCAGAGGUUGAGAAGAUUGUUUAAUUUAGGGGAAAUAUGAGCGUGUAAUAUAUACAAUUUUCAUCAUGGCAGAUGAAAUUAUUUUGUGUGCGUGAAACUGGAAAAUAUGAUUUAUGACUUGAAGAAGUGGCUAUUUCUGAGAAUGAGACCUGAGCUUUGUGCAAAUAUAGUUUGGAGUGUACGUGCGAAUCAAGGAGAGAUAUAUUUUC